ACACCGCGUGGAACUGAAAAGAAAACCCGUGAAGGUUCUGCGAUCCAUAGAGGACACAUCAUCCGGAUUAUGCCACCGAACCUGUUGGAAAAGUUUUGACAGAAAACUCUGGUGAUAGUGAGACCAUCUAUGCAAAUGUGGAAAAUCAUUGUUUUCCAUGCCUUCUAUUAAAAUAUUGAGUUUCAAAUCAAUGGGUAUGAAAUUAUUUGUACUAUUUGAACUAAUUCAACGAUUAGUUAAAUUGUAUCAAAAAUGAUCGCAACAGUCUGUGAUCCCGUGCAUCAUUUACCUGUUGCAUAUGUGUAAGUUUCGGUUUAUUUUUUAUACGUUUGCAUCAAUUGCAUGUGCUGCUGAUAAUAAAGAAAACUGAAAUAUUUUCAGUGACUUUGAGGGCUCUCCCAUUAUUGCCUUAUUUACCUGCGCUACUAUAAUGUAUUUGAUUCGUUUAUCGAUACUCGGGGAUAAUAUUGAAGCAUGAGAUAUUGACCGUAACUCAAUAUCUUAUCAAUAAUGGCACGAUUAUCGUGCCGCAAAAACGAAAAUUCUUCAGUUUUAAUCCGUUUGUGUUCCAAUUGAGACCGUAUUGAGGUUGCUCUAGAUAGUAGAAGAAAACUUCAAAUCCCACCAUGAACGAAAACCGUCCCGUGCGAACUCUACGACACGGAUUGCACAAAUUGAAAUCAAAAUUGACACCAGUUUUACCACCACUAGAUAAUGAAAUGGCAACAACUAGCAAUCAGCAAAAAGUUACAUCGACAAAUGAGAAUCCAACAGCAAAGAGUAAUGUUCAGAAGUUAGUACAGAAGUUCCAUGGAUUGGAAACUAAAAAUACGAAUACAGAUUGUCCAAGUAAUGUGUUCAACCCACCGUGUACUAACGAAUUGGAACACAUCUACGAUGAAGUUACUAUCAGAUCAGGUACCUCUAGUUCCUGUAGCGCUGAAACAGAAGAGCAAUGGAGUGAUUUUUCAUCUGAUUCUGAUGAAUAUUACGACACCGUAUCCUCAGACGUAGUGAAUCGAACUGGCAUACGAGUCAAGUACGAGCGAAACGAAUCACAACUGCCAAACGCUGUUGCCGAGCUUUUAGAAAAAGAACAAAGUUACGUCGACGGGCUAACGAACGGCAUAUCAAACUAUAUUCCUUUGCUCGAGCGUGCAAUUCUUCCGGAGGGAUUACGUGGCCAAAGAAACAAUCUGUUUGCAAAUAUAGAAGAAAUGCAUAAGUUUCAUCAAGACGAGUUGCUACCCGCACUACAAAGCUGUAACGAAAAUGUGGAACAAAUUGCGGAAUGUUUCAUCCGUUUCAUAGAUUCGGAUAAAUUCUACUGCUACGUGAAGUAUGCGAUGAAUCGACGAAAAGCGGAUACAAUUUUCGAAAGACAUCGAGAAUAUUUUAAGCAAAAUCAAUGGGAAAUGAACAGCUUUCUUCUGCUGCCCAUCCAACAGCUUCCGCGUUACAAACUGUUCAUGGAAAAAUUUAUCAGGGAAACUCUGAAAUUGGAGGAUGAUUUUAAUACGGCAUCGAAUACAUCCAGCAUUCACAAAGCACAUGAAAUGAUAAGCCAAGUGAACGAGCUGAUAAACGCAGCAGCAUCUAUAAGCCAUAUCCCAGAAUGUGAGAGUGAAUUCACGGCUACUUCAUCAUUCUCGCAGUCCUAUUCAGGUUUCAAGCGAGAAAAUGAUCAGGCAUGUGUUCUGAUUUUGAAGCCCGAAUGUAAUAAGCAAUCUUCACGGAAUAAUCCGAUUGACCUUUUCGCACAGGGAAAGUUUACCCAGGUACUUGAGACGGACAUUUUCGAUGCAACUCGCCACCGGUCGUACAAAGCAAGAUUUUUUUUCUUCGAAAAACUCUUCAUCUAUACUGAAAUUGUCAAAGAUAGUUUUUCCUACCGUGGGCAUUACUACGAUUCUGAAAUAAAACUUUGGGAAAAUCACAAAAAGCUGCACCUAUUCUGCCAGCAGCAAGGUAUGCAGGAAAUUCAAAUGCGCUACAACAAAUCCAUCGAAGAUGCUGUGACCGCUAUUCGGCAGCGUGUAACUCCACACUUCUCCACUGAAUCAGAAAUCGUGAAAUUGCCGAAACCCGUUGAAGCAAUCAUCCAUCCCGAAUUGGAUAUGGAAAGCAGCAUUACGAAAAUGAUUACCUCGCAAAUUAAAUUUGUGAAAACAUUUAGAGAAAAUUUUGAAUUUUAUUCAGAAAUCGAAGCUAAUCUCCAAGGUUCUCAACAUCGCAAAUUCGGGGAAAUUUGCUUGAAUAUGCAACAACAACAUGAACGUAUUUUAGCCGAUUUGACAUCCAACGUAAACAAUAUAUCAGAAAUUUGUACAAUGUUCUUGCAAUAUGUAAAGGUCGAUUUUCCUUCUGUUUAUGGUGAAUAUUUGAAAAUUGUCGGCUAUGCAGGAAAAUUAAUCAAAACCCGAAUCGUUCCAAACAUUGUGAACAUCUUAACGAUUAAUGACUUCUUAUAUCUAUGCUUCGAGAGGCUAGAGGAUUUUACUUUCUUUUUCACAACGAUGACCGAGAAUUUAUCGGAUAUGAGCAUCCGGAACGUUCCAUUCGAGAAAGCCGUAUAUCAACAACUGGCCGUUGUCCUAGUUCAAUUGGAAAAAUUCUCUCAAAGAGUUGGCGAUAACUUCCGUUUGCAGUGUCUGGAUGAUGGAGUCGCCAAUUGCGGUUUAGCUUUGGCCAGCGAGCAGGUUAAGAUAAAGUCAGAUCAGCUUCAAAUAAUCAAUUGCAGGAUUUUCAUUUGUGAACGAGCCGUCGUUUGUGUGGCAUGCAGCUUUGAGAGCCGAUUAACGAAGCGAAUUGAACGAUUUGAUAAAGUAGUGUUUAUCGACAGAUUUUUCGGGAGGGCUCAACCGAUGAGUUUGAGAAAAAGCAAGAAAGAUCGGGAUAUGGUUUAUUUCUCAAUUGAGAGCACAAAGUAUAAAGUAAUAUUUAAAAAUAAUCAAACAAGAGAUAAGUUUCAUGCUAAUUAUGUAGAGCAGUACGUUUCGGUUGAAAAAUAAAUGUGAUAUUUUUAUUGUUUGUUACUGCAAGUUUUCGGUUAAUGCUUUCUCGUUUAACUUGAACCAUUAAUUACCGGGCUGAUAAUUCUUUCAAUUUUACUCAAAAAAUCAAGGCUUUAGCAACUCUAUGUAUUAAGCAUCACAAAACCACCGUGAUAGUGAGUGAAAAAUUAUCUUAAGUUUAAAUACACAUUAUUUAUCAUCCCACA